AUGAAUCCAACGGCCGGAUUAAGUUUGGAGGAGAGAAAUUCUUCCAUUUCUUCAGAUCAGUGCUUUGUCUUGCCAGAUCCAAGCUUUAACACAGUAAUGGAUCGUCACACGACGAACCUUGUCACAGCCAUUAUAAACGGCUUAUGUUCACCUUUCGCCGUUGUCGCCAAUUUCCUAGUAGUGUUUGUGAUCGCACGAAACGGCGGCCUUCACUCGCCGUCCAACCUUCUUUUGGCCAGCUUGGCGUCCUCUGACUUCUUGGUCGGUCUACUGGUACAACCAUGCUACAUUGUGUUCCGCUUACAGGAAAACAUUUUGCAUUUUGUGCCCUGUCUGUUUAGAGUGAUUUAUUCCGAAAGCUUCUGGGUGUGUUAUGGAGUGUCGUUUCUGACACUAAGCGCCAUCAGUUUUGAACGCUAUAUUGCGCUGCGCCUACAUCUUCGCUACAAAGAGCUGGUUACUACACAGCGCGUUUUAAAGCUGGUUGUCAGCCUCUGGGUUUUGGAAAUUACUCUGACUUCCUUGGAAUGGAUCUGGAAAAGUGGGCAUUUGCGGAAAAUUCACGCUUUCCUCUUACUUAUCUGUCUCUUGGCCACCUUUGGCACACAUAUCAAAAUAUUUUGGAUUCUCCGUCGACAUCAGCGUCAAAUAAACAGCUUCAGUCACAUGCCACCAAAGAGGAAUCUUCAGCGCCAAACAAGACUCGCAGUGAAUGUCUCGUACAUCGUUGUAAUCUACAUAACCUGCAACAUCCCAGUAUUACUCAUCAUGGCGUAUCUUUUCGCUGGAGGACAUCUCGACAAUUUUAAUAUUUGCAGCUGGACUGAAACUAUAGCGUUUUUAAAUUCGUCGAUUAAUCCUGUCAUCUGUUGUUGGAGGAACAGAGGGAUACGAAAAGCCGUCUCAGCGAAGAUCGUUUGUUUGAAUAAAACAUUGACUAAAAUGGAACUUGGCAAUACAUCCGUUGCGACGAAGGGCAAUAAAGUGAGAUUGUCAGCUUAUGUCAUCCAGAGGAAAUGA